AUUAUUUUAUACUUUUUAACUUAAUUGUCUAUUAUAUAUUAUCAUCAUGCCUUCUACAACAUCCGUAUCUACCGCAACUACAGUACAUAUUCAUCCUUUAGUUCUUCUAUCUGCAACUGAUCAUUACAAUCGUGUGGCCAAAGAUACCCCAAAACGUGUUGUAGGUGUACUUCUCGGACAACAAAAAGGAAAGAUCGUCAAUGUCGCAAAUAGUUUUGCUGUACCUUUUGAAGAAGAUGAAAAGGAUCCUUCUGUCUGGUUCUUGGAUCAUAAUUAUGUGGAAGCAAUGAACGAUAUGUUUAAAAAAGUCAAUGCCAAGGAAAAGAUGAUUGGAUGGUAUCACAGUGGACCCAAGUUACGCUCCUGCGAUUUGGAAAUCAAUGAACUGUUUAAAAGAUAUACUCCUAACCCUGUUUUGGUGAUUGUGGAUGUCAAACCUAAAGAUGUUGAAAUUCCUACUGAUGCUUACUUUUCCAUUGAAGAAAUCAAAGAUGAUGGUACAGCAACAACAAAGACUUUUAUGCAUGUUCCUUCUGAAAUUGUAGCAGAAGAAGCAGAAGAAAUUGGUGUGGAACAUUUAUUGAGGGAUAUCAAAGACAAUGCAGUAGGAUCAUUAUCGACACGUAUCAGUGGACAAUUGAGCUCAUUGUCAGGAUUACAAGGACGCUUAGAAGAAAUCCGAGACUAUUUGGAAAAAGUGGUAUCUGGUCAAUUACCUGUGAAUCAUCAAAUCAUAUACAACUUGCAAGAUAUUUUCAAUUUAUUACCCAACUUGGAAUCACAAUUCAUGGUUCAAGCUUUCAGUACCAAAACCAAUGAUCAACUCUUAUUGAUGUAUCUUUCAAGUCUUAUCCGUGCUGUGAUUGCUUUGCAUAACUUGAUUGAUAACAAGAUCGAAAACCUCAAAGGUGAAACUGCUCUAACUAGUACAACUUCCACUAAUGGUGCUCAAACUCCUGUAUCUCCUUCACCUGCCGAAUAAUGACAAAACCCUUUUUUCUUUUUUUUCUUUUUUUUUUUUUUAAAAUCAAACAAGAAUGGACCCAAACUUAAAC